GCGGAUCUCGCUCGAUGUUUAAAGGCGCGUAAACGUGCUGGGCUCAGACUGAGGCGCUCAGAGAGGAGGCUGGAGGAACCUAAAUGAUGUUGAAGUCUCCAGACUGAUGGAGAGCACAUGUGAGGCUGAAUGAAGUGGAGAUCAUGAACAGGAGAGCAGAUCGGUGACCGAAAGCAGGAGAAUGAGACGGGUCAGCUGAGCCGCUGUUUUCCAGUUUAGAUGGAAGGUGUUUGCCAGACUGACUGGGGAAAUGUUUGCCGCCACAGAAUGUGUUUUCCUAAGCCUUAGAAAUCGAGACUCCAGUUGAUCUUCCGUGGGUGUCCAGUGGGAUAAACCAAAGACAAAAGUAAUGUCUUCUGAAAUAUCCUGUCCUACCUUUGGAGGCUCGGGCGCGUAAAAAACUGAACCACAGCCGAGCGCGCAGCCAUGCGCACCCUUUCCGGCUGUGCCUAGUCUGACCUUCGUGCGUUAUGCUGAAUGGACCCACUUUCCGCCGCUACGACCCGAUGCGACUGGUCGAUCCAAGGCACCUCCCGCAACUGAUGUCCCUGGAGGACCAUGAGCCCACCAUGGCGGGAGGGACCCUGGAGCCGCGCAAUUCCACGGCAGCGGCGGGCGAGGAGGGUGCCCCGGGUCAGCAGCAGCACUCCUUCCCGUGGGUGGCCACCGUGCUGGCCGGCGUCCUCAUCACGACCAUCGUGGUGGAUGUUAUCGGGAACCUGCUGGUGAUCGUGUCGGUGUUCAGGAACAGAAAACUCAGGAAAGCAGGAAAUGCCUUUGUGGUUAGCCUGGCCUUUGCUGACUUGGUGGUGGCCAUCUAUCCGUACCCACUGGUCCUGACAGCCAUCUUCCAUAAUGGCUGGAUUGCAGGUUACAUCCACUGUCAGAUCAGCGGCUUCCUCAUGGGCCUCAGUGUCAUCGGCUCCAUCUUCAACAUAACCGGCAUCGCAAUCAAUCGAUACUGCUACAUCUGCCACAACCUCAAGUACGACAAAGUUUUCUCCAGCAGCAACACUAUGUGCUACGUUAUGCUUGUCUGGACGCUCACAAUCCUAGCCAUCGUGCCCAAUUGGUUUGUGGAGUCGCUGCAGUACGACCCGCGGGUGUACUCCUGCACCUUCGCGCAGUCGGUUAGCUCGCUGUACACCAUCACAGUGGUGGUGGUGCACUUCAUUCUGCCCAUGAGCAUCGUCACCUAUUGCUACCUGCGCAUCUGGAUUCUGGUGAUCCAGGUCAGACGCAGGGUAAAGCCAGACUCGCGGCCCAAAAUCAAACCGCACGACCUUCGCAACUUUCUCACCAUGUUCGUGGUGUUCGUGCUAUUCGCUGUGUGCUGGGCGCCGCUGAACCUGAUUGGCCUGGUGGUGGCGCUGGACUCCAGGCUGAGUCGAGCCAUCCCAGAGUGGCUGUUCACAGCCAGCUACUUCAUGGCGUACUUCAACAGCUGCCUCAACGCCGUCAUCUACGGCGUCCUGAACCACAACUUCAGGAAGGAGUACAAGAGGAUCGUCCUGAUUAUCUUCAAGUUUCACUGUUGAGAUAAAAUGCCCAGAGCUAGAAGUGUUUUUUUUAACACCCAAGAAACGAUUAUUAAAAAGCCAUGAGCAAAAGAAAUAAAAGACUACAAGAAAAGGGGACUAAUACAAACAACACUGUGAAAGGAAGAAGCAGGAACAUGCAGUAUAAGAGAAAAACAGCUCUAGGUGAAGAGGAGGACAAAGAAGAGGUAAAAUAAAUGAUGCCAUACUGAGAGUUAUCAGUGCUGCCUUCAGGGAAACAGAGAUUUUAAAAUGUAGCGAGUCAAACAGACCAGAGAUUGAAAGUAACUCUUAGUAAUUUGUCUCCUCAUGACUGCCUGUGGUAAGGGGGUCAUUACUCGUUGAAUUUUGAAAGUUAAUGGCUGCUCAAAUUUUAACCAGCAUCACAAUUCAUUUAAAUGUUGGACCAUCCAAAUAUUAUGUCCAUCCUCCUCCGUGUGAUUAAUUUUAACACAGAACAUGCUGCUGAACUUCUCAGAAACUGUGAGCUUGUGUGAAUGAUUUUCUGAAUGGUAAAAAAAAAAAUAUCUGCAAAAUAGGUGCUUCUGGGAGGAAAAAAAAAAAAGCAUAAAAUAUUCAAGAUUAAAUUUUCUCAUAAUAAUUUAUGUAGAUUUCCAAAUAAAUUAUUUUGGGUGCAGAAAGAGAGAAAGAGAAGAACAAGACUUGAAAUGACUGACUUGAAAUGAUUUACUAACUUUCUUUUGCAGAAAAAACAUUCAAAAAAGAAUUGCACUUUUUAAACAGUUUUAUAUUUUUUUAAAGCAGAACAACAGAGCUGUGUCUCAUUAAUUUAACUCAAGAUAUGGAUUGUUUCAGAUAUUUAUUUCCACUACUUUACAGUGAAGUAAACACACAGGUGCCUGUUUUAAUAUUGGCUUUUAAACACAGAAAUAUAGUCUUCAUGUGAUCAUGCUAAAGAAAAUCAACUUCAACGUAAAAAACAAACUCUGCCUGUUGUUUAGGUGCAUGUUGGGAGUUCUGGGUUUCACCAAAGGCCUUUUCUCAGUGGAAAAUGUCCAAAAGAACCUCAAAUUGAGGUGGUUUAGGUGACAUACAGUCAUUCUGUAUGAAACACCCAAACCAUUCCAGCUGGCUUAUUUAAGUGCAGAGCAGCAAAUCUCAAACAACACAUGAAAUGACCAGAUCUUAACCAACUAAUUAUUGGGCAGAUAGGUCGUUUGUAAGUGACGUGUUACACUGCAACACAUAAAAAGCUAAUGAACAAAUGACUUUUGGACUAUGCACCAAAAAGCUAAGCAAUUUAGCAGAGUUAUCUUACAUAACUCAGCUCACUUCAGUAGCUGAACUUUAUGCAAAUGUCCAAUUUUCCAAUCCAGGAUUACUGGAUAAAGUAUGGACUGCAUUGGUUGCAACGCUUGUCCCUUUUCUCAGAGGUAGUUUAGGUGCUAUUCCACAGAAAUUUGUACAAUUUUGACUGUGAUUUUAGUAUUUUUAUAUUUGGGGACAUAGCAAGAAAAAUAAGCUGACCAAUUAAUUUGCCUUUUGAUUGACUUGAAAUGUUGCAAAUAUAAUCUUACUAGUUUUCUUAAAUAUAAGCCAAAUCUUAGAAUAGAGUCUGACCUGAAGUGUUGGCUUUAUAAUUUAGCUGAAUAAAUUUGAGGUUCUGAUUGAUUUAACUUGCACAUAUGCAAUGCUAAAGAGGGUUACAGCUUUAUCUGGAUAUUUUUUGUCAUCUGUGUAUUACUUUACCCCAACUGUGUGAAAGUUAGCAGUGACAAAAAAUAUGUUUGAUAAGUUAAUGAACAUGCAAUUGUUGACUGUAUCACUGUAAGAUCUUUUAACAGUCUAAUUGUUUCUGCUAACCUUUUGGAUGGUUUAAUUCAGUCCUUGUUCAUCCCUCCAGAGUUUGAGAGUAGAGAAGACCAUCAAACUUGACAUCCUGUAAACCUGGCCUGGAACUGCAGCUUUGUUCUUGUGCCGAAACUCUUACUUCCUGAACAUUUUUGAUGAAGGGAUGUCCCUCUUUCUGCUUUUUGCCUUCCAUCUCCGUUAUUGGAGGAUUCUGAGAUUGUUUUGCUGAGGUACCUGGACAGCUUACAGCCAGUCACCCUCAUAACUCAGCUAGGACCAAUGCGCUCAAAGCAACACAUCAGUCAGGGUUCAGUAACCCUGUAAACACUCCUUUGUGUGUGUUCCCCAAUGCCUCCAUCCAAAAGGGUGUUGUGCCAGAUAGCAUAGAAAUAUGAAAUUAUUGGUAAAGGUUCCCCUUACUCCUGUUGGCAAAUGCCAGUUUGCAGUACAUUUUCAGAAAACCGAAUACAUUCUCACAGUGUUUAAUGACAAAGAGGACAUCAGAAAUCCCUGCAUUAUAGCUGGUUUAAGAAGAUAAAACUGCUAAUUUUAAUAUACAUACUAUAAUAACAUAUUAGCCAUCUAUGCCUUUGUAAAGUCUGUUUACAAGAGCAAACUUUACAACACCUGUUAUGCUGUUUUCUCAGCAUAACAGGUACCCAGCUGUGUCAGUCCGGUUGAUGAGCUGACUGCGAGUCUGUCGGUGAAAUUUCCAAAGAGAUAUAAGAUAAUGAAAAGCACAGCAAUUUACCAACCUUAAUGUAAUUAAACCUAUAACAGCCUGUUGCAAAAUUAAAAAGCUUACCUCUGUUUAAUGGUCUUAGAGCAGACGGGCAGGUUACUGCUGAUGAAGAUGAUUAAUGCACCAGGUACUUUCAGCCACUAUGAUUUUAACAUUGCAACAUGGACAUUGUUUGACUGGAAUAAGCUUAGCUACUGUCUCUUGUGAAAGUGCUGAGUGUUAUUGGCAUUUGCUAACAUGUAUUGAUAUCCCACAGAUAUCAAAAUAUUUAGCUUCAGUUUUAAAUUGUCAAAAUCAAGGAUGUAGACUAGGAGUUGAUCUCUUAUAGCUCUGAAGAUGUAGCCAUGUUUUUACAAUCUCACUGCAGUAGGAAAUGUCAACUACAUAAAAGAGAAUUAUUGCUCUUAACUUCACAGACCCUGAUUUUUUGCCUCCGAAAAACAUAAUGCUUGUGUGUUGGAACAAAACAGUUUAAACACUUUUCCAGCACAACGUUGAUGAAUGAAUAUGGGUCUAAAAUGAUUCCAUCACAGCAAAGCCUAGUGUACUGCACUAAUUGAGCUCUUGGUAGUAACUAAAUGUUAAGUAUUACACUGAUAAAAGAUUUGUUGCACAGCAUGGCAUGUCCUUUUGUGCAGAUUUGCAUGAAAACUAAUAUGGCAAUGCAAACAAGGAAAGAGCAGCCAUAGAUUUCCCUCUAAAAUCAACUCCUGUUGUUAGUUUGGCCUUGCAAUAUUGUUUUGACUUAUAUUCUACUGCUAUUGUUUUAUUGUGGCUCAGUGACUUUACUUAAGUCUGACAGGUGGAUUAAUGACAGUCACAGUACGUUAGCUUCUUUAUUAAUUUCAUAAAUAGAAAAAGAUUGUCUAUGCUCAUUCACUUCAAGUAUGCCGGACUUUGACUAGAUUUUUGAUUAGAACUUAGACUGAUAAACUGAAGGGAUUGCAUAUUUGUCUCUUUCUACUCAGAACAAGAUCAACUACAGUGGAAAGAUGUGUCAAUGACCACCACUUACAUAAUCUGAUAUAUAAAUAACAGACCAGAAAACUUUGUUUCUGCCAAUCUGAAGCAAUAGAGAGAAAAUUCAACAAUUCCACACUCAUUAAAUAAACAAUUUAUGUAGACACUUGUGUAAUCAGGUUUGACAUCAGAUCCUCCCAGCAGCAAGAAUACUUAAUAUGGUUCUGAAACAUCCAUCCAUCCAUCAUCUUACACCCUAAUGGGGUCGGGAGGUGCUGGUGCCUCUCCAGCGAACGUUUCG